CUUUAGGAGGUUUCGUCAUUUUCUCGCUGUUUGGAAUUACAGUCUCGAGCAACUAAAUUCACAUCACAAUAUUGAAGUUGCUUUUGGUAAUAGUGUUUGUAGUGAAGGCUUAUGAAGGAUUGUGCAAAAAGAAGAAUGAGAAACAAGUCAUUAUAAAAUCACCUUAUAAACAAAUAAACUUUAAUGCUUUCGAGAGGAAAUCAAGAGUUCAUUCAAUAGCCAGAAUAUCGUGUGUAAUAAUCGGAGAUGGUUCAUACUCAAACUGAGUCUAUGGAGAGACAAUUUCCAAAAGAGAGGGAAAGAAUCUUGAGUAAGGAGUAGAGAAAGAAUAACAUGAAGAUGCAUUUUUAGGAAGAAUGUGACAAUGGGGAGUGGUAAAUGCCAUACAAAAAUGGGUCGAAUCGACAAUUCUUUGUGGACGACACUCGAUCUUAAUAUAGUUUGGCUUAAACUACGUCUUAUUAGUAAGUUCAGACUUUGGGGAGGAGCAGCUAUAAUUAUGAAAUUCAAUAGAAGAGCAAGAAUUCAGAGGUCAUUUUAUCCAAACUAAUUAAAAAAAUGAGUGAUGCUCAUCAAAAAGCAGAGGAGUUAUUUAUGAAGUCAUUUAUACCAACAUUUGUAAAAGAAUUUUAGGAUCAUCUCGUAAAUGUGAACAGAAUGAUGAAAGAGCAUUUCCAACAGAAGAUAAUAGAAAUUGACAUCUUUUUCGCAAACAAGCCCUACGAUAUUAAUUCCAAUAAACAUGAGAAAUCAAUUGGAUUCAAAAGUAUCACCAUGGAGGAUAGUAGAUCCAGAGAACCAGUAAGAGCACCUACUAAUGUUGAGAAAUUCAAUAAGGAAAAGGCAGAAUUCAUUAAGGAAUGUGAUCUCUUGGAACUAUUUUCCAAUAUUUUAGAUGUGACUCUCAUCAACAGAAAAAUAGUAAAUGACAAAAAACUAUUCCUAACCAAACUAAUUGAUUUUUCAGAAAACAGUUCUAAACCCUAAUAUCUCACAGAUGGUUUGAAUGAGAAAAUGAUUAGCGAUUAUGAAUUACUAUUCACUGUUUUCAUAAAUGUUCUCCUGAAAUGUGUCAGAUAUGAAAAGCAGAAGUACAAUAAGGAGAGUAGUGAGCUCAAUCUAAAUGCAUGGAAAUCUAUCGAAGAAACACUGAACCUGAAUCAGCCAAGUAGAAAGGAACUCGCCAAUCAGAAUGGGUAGGCUAAUUAAAAUGAUACUUAAAAUGCUAAUCAACCACAAAAACAAAUCGAGUAGAUCAGAAAUCUAAUUAUCAAUCAAAAGUUAGAAUAAUAUGUUUCUGAACCUCAAUUUCACUAUUAUAGCGAUUGCAUAGUCAAGGCUUUGACGAAAGAGAAAGAGAUCAAAAAGGUUAAGCAAGAGUACAUACUAUAUACUCCUAGGGAUUCAAACUCACUGUUUUGUUUAGUGAGCUAUUAUCUUCUCCAUUUGCUGAAUGUGCCCAAAUAACAUUGGUAAUAAUUGUAAUAGAUGGAAAUGGAUUAAAAAAUGAUCAAAUGCUUGAUUAGAAUGGCCAAAGAUUUUUCAUAUUUAGUGGCAAAUGUGUGA